AUGCUCUGUUGCCCCAUCUGCCCUCCCAUCCGCCCUCACAUCCGAGCACCGCUCGCGCGAGGCCACGGCGUACGACUUCGCGCGCUACGCCUCCGUCAUCGAUUGGACGCCCACCUCGCCCCUCAUCCGCAGCAAGCCGGGCCGAGUUCCACUACUUCCGCGUGCCGGACCACGCGAGAUGGCGCCCCAUCCUCCUGGAUAUCAAGGCCGCGCGCGUGGAGAGGGGGCUCUCGGACUCAGUUUUGUCCAGGGCUGGAGGUAGUGGGAUCUUGUUGGGAGUUUGGCGAAGGGACAGGACUACUUCCCAGAGGGUCAGACUUCGUACUCAUGUGA